GCAGAGGGCGAGAGAGAGAGAGACUCACAAUGAAAACAAAGAGCCUGUAUGAGGGUACCGGAGGGACACUUAUUACCUUUGGGAUUAUAAGCAUUUUCUCUGGAAUUUUUGCUUUCUUUCCUGUUUUUUCUUAUAAGCCUUGGUUUGCUGGCUGGAGCAUUCGAAUCGCCUGUCCCAUCUGGAAUGGAACUUUGGUAGGCCACAACAAAAAUGUUAGCAGGGAAAAGGCUGUUAUUGCUGGUGUACUUAUCCUUUUGGCUGACAGAGGACAAACACAAAGAUCACUUUGGGAAGCUAGCUUCACCUUUGGCAUAUUGAGCAUCAUGGGCUCCCCAAUUCAAUUUGCUGUUGCAAUUGUCUCCAUCCUGCUUGGUCCAUACUGCUACUAUUCAUUUGCUGGGAUUGCAGGGACUAACUAUCUCGGUUAUGCAGUUUUGUUCCCUUUUCCCUACGAGGAAUUUAUGUCUCUUUGCAAGGACCCACUGCACUACGAGUGGUACCAUCUGAUUCUACAGAUUCUAGACCUUUGCUCAAGUUUUGUCAUGUUUUGUGCUUCUUUGGCUAUUGUGAUCAAGCUCACUGCAAGACUGCUCCAAUUUGGACAUUUAAAUACGGAUUUUCCUGCAUUCUGUUGACCACUUCCUAUUCUGUUGACCACUGUUAACCACUUCCUAUUCUUCAUUGAGAGCUUAGUCCUGAACAAUCUGGCCCUGAUCCAGCACUCAGGUAAGCACAUGCUUUGAGUUAAGCACAUGAAUGGUCCCAUUGAAGACAAUAGGACUACUCACAGAUUUAGGUGCUUUGCUGGGCCAGGGCUUGGGUGCGCAGCACUUUGCACAAUCAAACCCUGAUUAUCUAAGAGUUUUCUCCUACAAGCAGUACAGUCAGUACCCUGUCUGUAGACCAGCCUCCAAGUGACUACCUAAUUGAUCCACCAGUCUUGAGACUCUUCUAAAACCCAUCCUUCCCUGCCGCAUUGCUGAGUCCACCCUCAACAAAGAUUUAUGAGAGCCUGAGCCGUGGAUGAAACUGCAAAAGAAACAGCUUGGAUGACACUGCAAAAGAAACAACAAGUUUGAUUAAGACAAUGCAAUACUCUCCGUUCAUAUUUGUACCUUAUUCCGUACUGCACUAGAUCAUUUCUAGCAUGUGAGCGUGGCAUCCAGGUACAUAGGAGCAAUUCAAAAGUAACACCUAAAAGAGCAGUGGGGAAAUGUGCCAGCCUGACGAUGGGGUUUCAUUUAAUAAGUAAAGAUGCGAGUGUGGAAAUCAAAUCUGAAACAGUGACAGCCAGCAUUGUCUGCAUUCUUGGAGCAGCACUAAACUAGCAGAAAGAAAAGAACUGAGACACUGGCCCAGACAUGCUCCAGCUGGCUGCAACUUUAUCUUCCCUCCUCCAUGAAAUGUAACCACUCAGCUUGUUUUCAUUUCAUUAUUGGAGGCUAUUUUUGCAACCUGCCAGGAGGGGGGGGGGGGAAGGAAAAACAUUCUUUAAAACUCUUUGGUAUUUUUUUAAAUGAACCUGUGGCUAUUCAUGUAACUUGUACUCCUUUUGCAUUGAGCAACAUACAAUUAAAUAGCCAUCUACAACAUCCACAGAAUCAGCUGCAGCUGCCUCCAGGUAUUUGUACAUUUUACCCUCUUUUUUGCCAAACUUUUCAAUUCUCUUCUAUGAAUUCCCAUUUGCAUGUGGGAGAACAGCCCCUCUUUACUAUCAUUAUGUUUUGGCACCUGCUAGUCAGGAAACAACUGGCUAGCAAUGUAAAUCAGACAUUUAAUGAAUUCAUCUAAGGCCUGAUCCUGUAUGAAGGUACUGGUUUUCAUCAGUGGAGACACCUGGUGAUGGGAGAGGACAAUGGAAGAAAUUGGAGUCCCAAAGCAACUGCAUAUCACCUUAAAACAGGUGGACAAUUUAAAAAAAAAAAUCAAGGUUUUUUUAUUUAAAUGGGAUGUUUUUAUUUUGUCAUUUAAAUUAUAAUAAGCUUUUCCCUUUAAAAAUAAAUCGGUUUAGAAUUAAAUCUGAAUUUAAUACAAUACAUACGAAAUAUGUUAAGGCCUAAAUUUAUUAUAAUCUCUUAAAACAGUUAAAUAAAAAAUAAAUAAGCUGAAUCCAUGAGCUUCAAUCUAAAGCUUUGAGUUAAAGGCCGCUUUUCUAUAUAAAGAAAGAACCAGGGGAAAAACAUUUAACUUUUGAGGUCAAGCAUAAUAAAUAUGGCACAAUAAGUCAUGUACUUUA